AUGCUGGGAAUUCUCUUAGCGUUCAUGAAAGCUAAACAAAUAGCCGAAAACCAAGGAUAUCGUAAAAUACGAAUUUACUGCGAUAAUCAAGCCGCUGUCAGAUCCAUUGCCGACCUAUCUCGACACCCGUGCCAGUUCACCUCCAGAGUUUUCGUCCCUGCCGCCAAGGCAUUCGUAGAGGGACACCCCGAACGAUCCAUUCAUAUCACCUGGACGCCCGGGCACAGCGGAGUCGAAGGCAACGAAACAGCGGACCGGCUGGCGAACGAAGGAGCUAGAGCUACUCCGACCCCUAUCUUCAACCGCACCAUAACGUGGGCUAGAGAACAAGCCACACGGAAGACCGUACGAUCUUGGAAGAAAGCGUGGCACGAUCACACCGAGUCCAGAAUCAACUCCAAAUACUACAUCCCCCGCCCUCCCGCACUAAAGUUACACCCGAUCUUUAACACUAGCAAACUGGGCAGGGACCUCGAGUGCCGCCUCGUGCAGUACCUCACGGGGCAUGGACAUUACGGAGAAUACCACGCCCAAUUCCAUCACGACGUCGAUCCCAGGUGCGCUUGCGGGGAAUCGGACGAGACCAUAUUUCAUUUAACCACCUCCUGUCCCGCUACGGCGGGACACAGGGGGAUACUUAGUGAGUUUUCCACCAAUAUCAAUGACCCCACACUGUUUGGCUCCCUUGCAGGUCUCGAAGCAGUCGCAAAAUUCAUCGCCAGGACGGGCAUAGGACGAAGACGAGGAGGCCCGCAGGCAACCGCUCAAACCAUGUAG